CGCGGCCAAUGUUGAGGGAACGACGGCUCGCUCCGCCCUUGCGCAGCUGUAACAUGAGCAGGCCUUUUCCCGAGCCUGACGUCAGGCGAGAGUUCAACGCCAAAGGCCGCCGCAGUCGCCACGACUUGACGAGCAACGCUCUGUGGCUGCCUUAGCGGCGACGUCGUGUGCCAUCAUGGCGGCCGCUCUCCGCCGGACACCUCUGACCAGCGCGGGCGGGCUAUGACAGCGGGCACACGGCCCUUCCGGCACAAGCUGCCACUCCUCCACCGACUGGCAUGGAUUCUGAUCCUACUCGAGGCAACGAAUGCGGCUUCUAUCGUAUAUCCUGCGUUACAAGUUGAAACGACAGCAGCCCCCAAGGACGACAAGGACCCGCUGACCAAGACGACCAACGAAGAUGUGACCACCACACAAAGCCCCGCUGAACAUUCAAGCGUUCAAGUGACCAGUAUUGUCAGCGAAGAACCGGCCACCAUGAAGAGCACUACUGAAGGCCCAAGCCCUGUGAAACAGGCGGCCAGUGGCAAUGUGACCACAGUGAAGACCACCACUGAACGUCCAGUCGUUCAGGUGACCACCAUGAAGAGCACCACCGAAAGCCCAGACGUUCGGGUAACCACCAUGAAGAGCACCACUGAACGCCCAAGUGUGCCUGUGACCCAGGAGGCCAGUGGCGACGUGACCACCAUGAAGACCACCACUGAACGUCCAGUCGUUCAGGUGACCACCAUGAAGACCAUCAAAAAAAGUCCAGACGUUCCGGUAACCACCAUGAAGAGCACCACUGAACGCCCAGUUACUCAGGUGACUCCCGUAAAGACCACCACUGAACGCCCAGUCGUUGAGGUGACCACCAUAAAGAGCACCACAGAAAACUCGGACGUUCGGAGAACCACUAUGAAGAGCACCACUGAACGCCCAGCCACUCAGGGGAUCCCCGUAAAGACCACCACUGAACGUCCAAUCAUUCAGGUGACCACCAUUAAGAGCGCCACAAAAAGUCCAGACGUUCGGGUAACCACCACGAAGGACACCACUAAACGCCCAAUCACUCAGGCGACCCCUAUAAAGACCACCACUGAACGUCCAGUCGUUCAGAUUACCACCAUGAAGAGCAUCACAGAAAGCCAAGACGUUCGGGUAACCACCACGAAGAGCACCACUGAACGCCCAGUCGUUCAGGUGACCACCAUAAAGAGCACCACUGCAAGACCAGAGGUUCAGGUAACCACUACGAUAAGCAACUUAGAGCCUCCGAGCGUCCACGUGACAACCAUAAGGACCACUACUGGGCAUCCAAGAGUGCAAGUUACUAAGGCAGUCAGCGGUGAGGUGGCCAUCAUGCAGAGCAGCACUAAAAUUCCGAGUGCACAGGCGACUACUAUGAAGAGCACGACUGAAUCCCCAAGUGUACAGGUGACAGAGGUGGUCAGCAGCGAGGUGACCACUGCGAAAAGCACAACUGAACGCCCUAGUGUACAGGUUACUACCAAGAAAAGCACCGCUAAUACCCCAAGAGUCCAGGCGACAAAGGUGAUUAGCAGUGAAGUGACUACUGUGAAAAGCUCCACUGAACGGCCAAGUGUCCAGGUGGCAGAAGCGGUCAGCGGGGAGGUGACCACUGCAAAAAGCACCACUAAACACCUAAGUGUUCAGGGAACCGAGGCAAUCGGCGGUGAGGUGACCAUCAUGCAGAGCACAACUGACUCCCCAAGCGUCCAGGUGACCAAAGCAGUCAGCGCUCAGUUGUCCACCACAAAGAGCGCCACUGAACGCCCCAGCGUCCAGAAGACCGUAGCCACCGACAGUGCAGUUGCUACCAUGGAAAGCACCACUGAACGCCCAAGCGAGCACGUGACAAAGGUGGUUGGCGGGGAGGUGACCACCAUGAAAAACACCCCUCAAUAUCCAAGCGUCCAUGUCACAGAGGCUGUCAGCGGCGAGGUAACCACCGUGAAAAGCACCACUAAACACACAGGCGCCCAGGUGGCCAAAGUAGUCAGCAGUCAUGUUACAACCAUGCAGAGCACCACUGAAUCCUCCGAACUCCAGGUGACCAACAUGGAAAGCACCACUAAAAGUCCAAGCGUGCACGUGACAGAAGCAGUCAGCGGUGAAAAGACUACCAUGGAAAGCACUACUGAACGCCCGAGCGUUCAGACCACCACGCAGAGCACCACUGAAAGUCCAAGUGUUCAGGUAACUAAGUCGGUCAACGACGAGGUGACCACUAUGACGAGCACCACGGAACGCCCAAGUGUUCAGGUGACAAAGGCAGUUAGUGACGAGCUGACCACCAUAACGAGUUCAACUGAAGACUCAGGCAUCAUCGUUGACGUCGUCGUGGUGACCAGCCCGAAGCCAGCAACGUCUACUACGCCCCCUCCGGCUAAUCUUGCCGCCAUUGUGGAAGGAGCCGUCGUAGUUCCACAAGGCAGCCCAAUCGUGGAAGGCGGAGCAAGCGUUGUAAUUGAAGUUGUUCCUAUCGUAAACGCCAACGUCACUACCGGGGAAGGCACCAUGGGUUUUGACACGCACUCUACCUUUAAGCCAAGCUCAGACACAGUAAAAAAGCCGAAAAGAAAACGUACUCGCCUCAAGAAGCAGUUUACAAACAAGUACAUGCGAACUUACGUCACCAAGCACUGCGGUAUACCCCAUGAACGAAUGCGGCGAAUUGUAGGAGGCAAAGUCACAACGCUCGAGCGUUAUCCAUGGACGGUCGGCAUUUUUAUGAGGUACGGACAACGGCCGUACUGCGGUGGAGUCAUCGUGUCCUGGCUCUUCGUCUUGACAGCGGGCCACUGCACACGCAACAAGGUGGCACAUGACCUACGCGUUAGCUUCGGCUUGAGCGAGAUCGAUCCGGACCGAGUGUUGACUGAGCAGCAGGACCACCUGGUCGACGUGGCGGCCAUCCACCAGAACCCGCUGUUCAAAGACAUCGUCCACGGUGACGACAUCUCCAUACUGAAAAUGAGCAAGCCGUUGCAGAGUGGCGGCUACCCAGUGACGCCCAUCUGCAUACCGGAGGCCACCAACACAAGUAUCACGCCAAAGGACAUCAUCGGUACGGACGGCGUCGUCGCCGGCUGGGGACGAACCAAAUAUGGUGGCGAAAGCAGUAAGCAACUUCGGGAAGUAUGGUUGCCUAUUGUGUCCAACAACGCAUGCUCGGAAAUAUUCAAGGACAUACUUAAGAUUCGGGACGAGAUGAUCUGCGCCGGUGACAUCAAUGGCACAAAGGACGCCUGUCAGGGUGACUCUGGAGGCUCGCUCAUGUGGCGGUCCAAGGCUGAUGAUCGCUGGUACACGUUGGGCGUCGUGUCGUUCGGCGUGAAGUGUGCCGAGCCCGGAUACUAUGGUACUUACACUCGCGUACAGAGCUACUUGAACUGGAUCUGCCAAGUCACCGACGGCCUCCUCUGCUUCGGCUCGUCCUCCUACAAGCCCGUGGUUUUGCCUUCGAAGAGCAUGAGAGAGAAAAAGGACGAGCCCACGUCCCCGUGAACGUCAUCAGCUCUCUUUAGUCUACAAACCGUUCUGCGAGAAAAUAUAGCACGACACCGUGGGGGAUAAAAUUUAUGAAAUAGAAAGGAAAGCAAUCGCAGACGUCGCCCGUGGCUACACGUAGUCACGGCCCCUUCGAUGCACGCCCAAAGAGACUGCAACGUGUGUGCAAAGCGGGCCGUCACGCCACCGGCUGGGACCCCAUGCCACGCGCAAGCGGGAUUGAUUCCUUGUAAAUAAGAAUCUGCGUGUCCAGUAACAAAAGUUCGCGGUUUCGGGCACACCAACCACGGCGCAGUCAACUGCAGCAGCGGUAAUAACGAGCUUCGCGCUUCUGUCGCCAGUGCGAACGCUAAUGCAAAGCUUUCCUACGAAAUAUCUGUAGUUACGAAAUACGCAGCCUGGCAGACAGUGAAUGACGAUUGUCAGAGGCGCUGGCUCCUGAACAAAGUCAAUGCCUUGUCUCGUGAGAUGGAGAGCAAGAGUUGCAAUGUAAUAUAAGCAACCUUGUUACAAAGGAACACGGCGACAAUGCGUGACCACUGAAAAAUAGCCAUAUUAUUUACAGAUAACCAGCUUAUUAUGAAAAAUAAUCAAAAUACCAUGCUUGAAAAACGAAAGAAAAUUUACUGAUACCAUGUGUAACAGUGAAGAUAAAGCAGUCGUUUUGGAGCGAAUCGUAACCGGGUGUUCUUUGAACAACAUGUGAUAUGAAUAAUAAAUAUUUUAUUGUUUUCGAA